AUGGCGGGCGGGCGGCGGGCGGUGACGGUGGCGCUGCUGGCACUGGGCACGGUGGUGCUGGCGCUGGUGGCCGCCGUCCUGCUCCGCGCCUUCGUCCUGCGAGCCCCGGCCGGGGUGCCGCGGCUCUGGGCACGGAGCGCCGGCACCGUCGCCCUCAGCGCUGGCGAGCGGCAGGAGCUCAAGGAGGUGCUGCGAGGGGCCAUUAAAAUCCCAACUGUGUCCUGGUCUCCAGAGGAUGUGAAUACAACUGCCAUGGCAGAAUUUGGGAGCUACAUCCAGAAAGUCUUCCCAGCUGUAUUUUCUUCCAAGUUCAUCCAACAUGAAAUUGUUGGCAAAUACAGCCACCUGUUCAGAGUGCAGGGCUCUGCCCCUGGCCUGCAGCCCUACAUGCUGCUGGCACACAUGGAUGUGGUGCCUGCUCCCCCUGAGGGCUGGCAUUUCCCUCCUUUCUCAGCUGCAGAGCACGAAGGCUUCAUCUACGGACGAGGAGCGCUGGACAACAAAAACUCUGCCAUGGGCACUCUGCAAGCUCUGGAGCUCCUGCUCAGGAGGAAUUACCGACCCCGGCGCUCCUUCUACAUCGCCAUUGGCCACGAUGAGGAGGUGUCUGGGCUGAAGGGAGCAAAGAAAAUUGCAGCUCUGCUGGAAGCCAGAGGAGUGAAACUCUCCUUCCUGCUGGACGAGGGGAGCGCAGUGCUGGAUGGCAUCAUUGCAGGGGUGGAGAAACCAGUGGCUGUGAUUGCAGUCACAGAAAAAGGUUCAAUGACACUGAACUUCACAGUGGAAAAAGAGCCAGGGCAUUCAUCCUUUCCCCCUAAGGAGACAAGUAUUGGCAUUCUGGCAGCAGCCAUGUCCAGGCUGGAGCAGAAUCCCUUGCGCAACCUGUUUGGCCACGGCCCUGAGCUCAUGACCAUGGAGCACCUGGCAGCAGAGUUCAAGUUUCCUCUCAACAUCAUCAUGAGCAAUUUGUGGCUGUUCUCACCUAUUGUCAGCAGAGUCCUUGCCUGGAAACCUUCCACCAACGCCUUGAUCCGAACAACCACUGCAGUCACCCUGUUUAAUGCAGGAAUCAAGGUGAAUGUCAUCCCUUCCUCUGCCAGAGCCACAGUGAACUUCAGGAUCCACUCAGCUGAGACAGCUGCUGAGGUGCUGGAGACAGUCAGGAGCACCAUUGCUGAUGAGAGAGUGAAGAUUGAUGUGGUGGAGGCCUUUGACCCCCUGCCCAUCAGCCCUUGGGAUGAGCAGACAUUUGCUGUCCAUAUUUUCCAAAAAACCAUCCUGGACACUUUCCCAGCUGUUGACAGUGUGGUCCCAGGCACGUGCAUUGGAAACACGGACAGCAGGCACUUCACCAACGUCACCAAGGCCAUUUACAGGUUCAACCCCCUGCUCCUGAAACAGGAUGAUCUCCCCAGGAUCCAUGGGUUAAAUGAGAGAAUCUCUGUUGAGAAUUAUGAGAAGCAGGUGGAGUUCCUCUUCCAGCUGAUCAAGAACUGUGACAUUGAGGCACUUCCAGAGCCCCACGCCAACUCCCACGAGCUCUGAGCCACUUGUGGGAGAAGCAGCUGCAGGUGGACCCUGGGACAGGGGCUGAAGAUGGAGUUUUGUCUUGAGUAUUGAGCUACAGCUGGAAUUUGGGUUUUUUUAUACUGUGGUUUACAUACAGAUGGGAAAAGUGCUGGUUGUGUGAUAGGAACCUGAUAGCCAAACCCAACAAAUAACUCUGAUUUCUGUGGUCUGAUGUGCAGCCAUUAAUCUGGCACUAAUUAUUUUCAGCACUUUAAACCUCUGAAAUUGAUAAUCACUAAAAAUCUGAGCUAUAACCAGCAGUCACUCACACUAGAAGCUGACUCAGCCUGUGUGCUUCUGACCAACUCCUUUUUUAUGGUGAAUGGAUGUGUCUCAGGUGAGGACUCUGCCAGGAGCUCAUGGGGAGGGUUUGUGGGGUGCUGAAAGGGUUCCUGCCACUGGUACAGCCACACUGAGAGGUUCUUGCACUGCUGCUUCCCAGGGGAUGCUCCCAGGGGAUGAUCCAUGGCACUCUGAGCCAGGGGCAGUGCUCACUCCCAUGGCUGCACUGAUUUCUGACUCUAUUUUCAGGUACUUCAAAACUUCUGUGUUGCUGUAACGGAGGAGGUGCUGAAAACUUUCCUGUCCAUCGUUCUAGUGAUGAUUUUUGUUCCCUCCAUGGCUCCUGGUGUGGCUCAGGGUGUUUUGUGCAGCUGGAUGUCAGAAUAAGGGACUGCAGCUUUAAAUAAGGAAUUAAAUCCCUGUUGUCUGCUCA